AUGGGCGUCGGGAUCUUCAGCUGCGACGAGACGAUGGUCUUCAGCGACAAGAAGGUUCCGCUUGCAUCUGGCAUCGUGCCGAUCAUCGUUGCGAAGAACCUCACUGCUCCGGAGGGUACUGUGGAGCACAUCCUCAACACGGAGAUCUUCAUGAAUGCUUGGGAGUUGAUCCGCACGCACGGCAACUACAAACAGUUCGAUUGGAUCGUGAAGGCAGAUCCGGAUUGCGUCUUCGUAUUUUCUCGGUUGCAGGACCACCUGUCCACGAUCCCCGCCGACGGCAACCAGUACAUCGUGAAUUGCAAGGUUAGUUUUGGUUUCUUUGGAUCAUUCGAGGUUAUUUCUCGAGGAGCACUAGACUUAUACUAUGCAGGCGCCAAGAGGUGCAAGGACGAGCUGGACUGGGCCUCCGAAGGGGAAGACUUGUACAUGAAGGAUUGUUUCGACCUGCUGGGUGCAGAAGCCUUCGAGGACUUCGGCAUGCUCACCGACGGCUAUUGCUUGGAGCCGCCCUCCCCGUGCCUGUCCGGCAAGGUCGCGUUCCACGCCAUGAAGACUGUCGGCCAGUAUUUCGAGUGUUUGGAGGAGGCAGAGCGCCCAACCAGUAGCUCUGAGACGCAUGAAGCAUGA